AGAUUAGGUUGCUUUGCUUUCUCUCUGUGGGUUUCACUCUCACUCUCUCUCUCUCGCGGCUGCUAGGGUUUUUCAGUUUCACUCUUCUUCUUCUUUUUUCUCUCUCUUCGAUCUCUAUUCCGUUCUCGAUGGACUCCAAAAACCUCUAAUUUCAGACACUAAGAAGACAGCUUUCUGGUUUCUGUUUCGUGUGAGGGGGGUUUCUUCUUCUCUGUCGGUCACAGUUUUCCACAAAUGGCGACGGCCAACCCUUUCGAUUUGUUAGGUGACGACGCCGAGGACCCCUCGCAGCAACUCGCCGCCGCGGAAGCUAUGGCUGCUGCGGUGGCUCCACCCAAGAAGGGUUCAGCUGCGGCGGCGGCUCAGCAGCAGAAGCCGCCAGCUCAGUUGCCUUCUAAGCCUGUUCCUCCUUCUCAGGCUGUGAGGGAUGCAAAAAAUGAAUCAUCUCGUGGUGGUCGUGGUGGUGGAGGUGGAAGAGGAGGAGGUGGAAGAGGAUAUGGACGUGGUCGUGGUGGCCCUGGAUUUAACCGUGACUCUCCAAGUGAUGAUAACUCAUUCCCUGCUGCUGGAGGCCCUGCAAACCAAGUUGCCUUUGAAGGAGAUGAUGGGAGGCCUUCAGAAAGACGUGGCUAUGGUGUUGGGAGGCCUUAUCGUGUUGGUGGUCGUCGUGGAGGUUUCAGCAAUGGCGAAGCUGGCGAAGAAGGGCGUCCACGAAGACUUGAACGCCGCAGUGGGACAGGCCGCGGCAAUGAACUUAAACGUGAAGGCUCUGGGCGUGGUAACUGGGGAACCCCUGCUGAUGAAAUUGCUCCGGUGACUGAGGAGGGAGUGAAUGAAACUGAAAAGAUUGUGGGCGAGGAGAUCCCUGCUGGCGAGGGAGCUGCAGAAGAUGCAAACAAGGACAGUGCUGCCAAUGAAGCUGUAGAAAAGGAGCCGGAGGAGAAGGAGAUGACAUUGGAGGAAUAUGAGAAGGUGCUGGAAGAGAAACGGAAGGCAUUCCAAGCGCUCAAAACUGAGGAGAGAAAGGUGGAUAUUAAGGAAUUUGAAUCCAUGCAGCCACUGUCAAGCAAGAAAGACAACCAUGACAUCUUCAUUAAGUUGGGAUCGGACAAGGAUAAGCGCAAAGAUGCUUUGGAGAAGGAGGAGAAAUCCAAGAAGUCUGUCAGCAUCAACGAGUUUCUGAAGCCUGCUGAAGGAGAAAGGUACUACAACCCAGGCGGACGUGGCAGACGUGGCCAAGGUUCUAGAGGUUAUGGUGGAAAUGCUGGCAGCAACGCCCAGGCCCCGUCGAUUGCAGAUCCUGGGCACUUCCCAACCUUGGGUGGCAAGUGAGGUUUCCAUUCCAAGAACCCUUCCAAACAUUUCCCUGUCUGUCCUCUCUUCUUUACAAUUUUGGGGUUCUAUGAUUUUAAGCUUAAACAGGAAAAACAUUGGAUUUCUUCCUGAAUUAGAAGAACAAGGGUUAUUCAACUUUUAUUAUGACUCUUUACAAUGUAAAUUUAGGUUGUUCCCUUAAUCGCAUGUAGCCGUUUCCUCUGUCAUGUCUUUUUUGUUUUUACUGUGGUUGACAUUUGGGGGGUUAUUAUGGGGUGGCGGAUAAAAUCAAAUGUUGUUGAGUUUCCUUAUUUAUAGAUUGAAUCCUCAGUUUUGCUUCAAA